AUGCUAUGCAGUCUGAUCUGGUCAUCUGCUACACCCCGCGGGGCUUGCAUAGUCGAGUUCACACUGAAAGCAGUUAUCUACACUGGCAACAACAAGUUUUCGGUCGAAGACCGCCCGAUACCCGUUAUCUUAGAACCCACCGACGCCAUCGUCAAGGUCCUCCAUACCACUAUAUGCGGCACCGACCUGCACAUUCUCCAGGGGCACGUUGCGACAUGCACUCCCGGCCGCAUUCUCGGCCACGAAGGCGUCGGGGUGAUUGACUCUCUCGGCGCCGCCGUCACAAACUUCAAGGCCGGGCAGACCAUGCCAUCUCAAUGCGAAUCCGGCGGGUGGAUUCUGGGGAACAAGAUCGAUGGCACUCAAGCCGAGUACGUGCGCAUCCCUCAUGCCUCGUUUUCGCUGCAUGCGCUGCCCGAGGGCAUCGACCCCGAAGUCGCGGUUACGCUGUCGGAUACAGUCCCGACUUCGUAUGAAUGUGGGAUUCUGAACGGGGAUAUCCAGCCCGGGGCUACGGUCGCCAUCAUCGGAACCGGUCCGAUCGGGCUGAUGAUCCUGCAGAUGGCGAAGAAUCUGUUCGGUCCGGCGAUGACGGUCGUGGUGGGGAGGGGCCAGCCCCGGCUCGAGAUCGCCAAUGCCAUGGGCGCAGAUCAUACGCUGAGUGUCCUCGGCGGGCAGGACGAGGUGAUUUCUGCGGCCCUGGCAGUGACCAAGGAGCGAGGAUUCGAUGUGGUGAUUGAAGCAGUGGGGACGGUUGAAUCGUUCGCGAUUGCGCAGGCGCUGGUCGGCGCUGGAGGGACCCUCGCCAGUCUGGGUGUUUUCGGGGAGUCGUGCGAGCUUCGACUCGAGAAGCUGUGGCAUCGCAAUAUCUGCUUAAGGACUCGGCUGGUUGACGGUGUCAGUACCCCUGAUCUACUGAAGAUGGUGGAGGCCGGUGGCAUCGAUCCUCGGUUUCUGGUCUCGCACAGAUUCACAUUUGACGAGAUCCACAAUGCCUACGAAGCGUUCGAGGCAUCCUCCAAACACGGCGCCCUGAAGGUGGUUGUCACCCUGCCUGAGCCUACGAUGAAUGGUCUUGCAUAG